GUUAGGGAACAGAUCGUCAGAGAGAUUCAAAAGCUACUGAAAAGUGACUAAAAAGGAGUUUUGACAGUCUAGACGUGACAACACAAAACAGGUGACAACGCAAGACUGCGAACGCGGCGCUCGACAAAGAUGUGAAGGAACCAUUCAUUUCCAUUUUGUUUCCCCAAAAGAGUGCCGGGAAGACAGCGUGCAGGCAAUGAAGAACGACAGGGUCCUCUUCCUGUUGCUGGCUCAGAGUGCGCUCGUGCUGGCCAGCGAAGUCCGAACCUUCCACCUCCUGAAGGAGAACCGGAGCUUCACCGCGGCCCGCCAAAACUGCCAGGCGAGGUACAAAGACCUGGGCAUCUUCCGGACCGCCUCCGAGGCGCGGGACGUCCUGCAGCUGGCCAACGUCUCCCAGCAGAGGCGGGUGUGGAUUGGGGGGGUUUACAAUCGCAGUGAGUGGAGAUGGGUCAACAAGGAGAGGAUGAAUUUUCCCUGUUCGCCUCAGUAUGCCAGCAACAAUAAGACAGUGCUCUGCGGGACCAUAGACCCUGUCACAGAAAUGUGGAACCUGGAAGACUGUGGAAAUGCACACUUGUCCGUCUGCUUGGAUGUCCAGAGGACACUGUAUGUCAUCUCGCAGAAGAGAGAAUGGAAGGAUGCUCUGAGCUACUGCCGCACAAACUACACCGACCUCCUGAGCAUCGCAGACGUCAAGGACCAAAAACAGCUGGAGGAAACGCUCCAAAAACACUCCCUGGACAAGGUGUGGCUGGGUCUGAAGAAACACAUGGCCUGGCAGCAGUGGUACUGGACCAACGAGCAGGUACUGGAGUACCAGCUCUGGGCAGAGGGCCAACCCAGCCACCCCUUGGACGAGCUGUGUGGGGCCGCACAGAAGGACAGCAGGGGCAAUUUCUACUGGUAUGACUCCUGCUGUUACGAGCAACUGCCCUUUGUCUGCUACUAACCUGGGCUGGGCCACAGUUCUGCCCCUCUACCACACCUCCAUACAGGGAGUCUUUUUAUAUCUGUUUCCUGCAUUCCUGAAGCAUGAGGAGCAGAAUCCCAAGUUUCUGCCAACACCAGCCCGGAAAUUAAGCUUAAACACAUCUUAAUUAGCGAUCUGUUAGUCUAUCAAUUCAAAGCUAUUUUUCUAUAAAGGAAUGUGUAAUGAAGAUACUGAUGAUUAUUUAUUCAGUUAAUGUUCAAAUGUAUCACUUAAGUUAUGCUCAAAAUGUAAGCACGAAUACUUCAAUAGUUUUGUGCAGCAAACUUAGAACAUCGCUUCUCUUUCGCUCAUAGAUCUCAAAGACUUAUACUUCACAGCUACAUUUUCAGCAAGGGGAGACAAAUUCAAAUGUACUGUACCAUGUAACCCAGUUUGAGUGUGCUGGAGGAUGAUUUAAGCACUUUGCCGAAUAAACUGCAAGCAAAUCAA